CUGCCACCGCCGCGCACCGUCAGCAAUACGCACCGGUGCCUCGUGGAUCGCUCUAGCUUGCACUCACAGCGUGCUCCGGGUCGCAUUGCUCCAUUCGCUGAGACUGCUGCAGGUGCGGCUGCCGGGCUGAGGAAGCUUGACCUUUUGCUUGAGCUAUACGCGCAUCCGCAUAACAACAAUGUCUCACGUUUUCGGAUAGGAGCGUCUAUUGCAUUAGAGCCACUGCAGCAGUGUCCGCUGAUCGCCUUGUUAUUAUUAGCGGAUGCCGUUACCUAUCAUUUACUUCGCCCCGCAUCUCCCCAUCGUGCAGCUUCGCGGCAUAGCUCCAAGCUGCCAACCGCCAAACCAUGGUGCCCAAACCUACCGGGUGGUUCAAGUCGAACAAGUCGCACACGUCUGUAGACAUUUCGUCUGGGCAGCCUUCUCCUGUGCCUUCUGUGAACAACGAGUUCCCGAAUCCCAACGGGCAGCAACAGGCGCAGCUCGGCCAGCAGCCCCCUCUGCAGCAGCCUUCGCUCGGUGUCGCUCAGCAGCAACAGCAACAACAGUACUGCCCGCCGCAGCAGCAGCCGUAUCCCCAGCGGACGACGAGCACAAGUCACAACCACCGCCUGAGCUCGCACGACCAACUGCAAGGCUACCAGCAACAAGGCGGCCCCCCCUCCCCCUCGCCUGCCUUUGAUCAGCCUCGCCCGAGCUCACAACAGCUGACGGACCCCGUGUAUGUGCAGGAACAGCCCAAAAAGCUGUCUCGCCUAAGCCGCAUCGCCGCUGGACUGACAGGGCACAAGGAGGAGGACGCCUCGAAGCAUUCCAAGAAGGAUUCAGUUGGAAGACGCCAAUCGACUAGGGGCAAGGAGAAUCGACCUCUGGAACACCAGCAGCAGCAGCAGCAGGACGCACCCCGUCUGAACACGCCGUCGCAGCAGUAUCAACAGCGUGCCGGCUCCCAGCAACAGCUGCCCACCUCGGUUGAGCAAGACGAAGGCAGCCCCGGUCUCGACCCCUUCCUCCAGCAGGACUCCAAUACACCUGAGGUACCACCGAAAGAUCUUCAAUACCAGCAGCAUCCCCAGCAGUUUGGGUCGAAACCGCUGCAGGGUCAAUACAAUCGGUCCCCACUCGACAGAGUAAGCACCGAAGGUAGCUAUCAGAAGCAGAGCGGGGUAGAGCACUACAGCCCCGACCAACACCAAGGUCCCCAACUUCAACAACAGCAGGCGAAUCAGCAUCAAUACCAAAACUACCAGCCUGUUACUCAACAGGCUCAGACUUCGGACGCAUACCAGUCCUUCCCUCCGCAGUCAGCUCCAAGCCCCCGACCUGGGAACGCUCAGCAGUACAGCCAAGAUCUCUCAAAACAGCAACGCAACGCCUAUUAUCAACAACAGCAAGCUGCUCAGCAGUCUCAAGGGCAAUCACCGCAGGACGGUCACCUUCAGAACAACCAGUUUCAACAGCAGCAGCACUUUGCGCCUCCACCCCAGUCUCAGCCGCAGCAAACUCAAGACUUCCGUCAGCAGCAAGCGCAUCCUGUUCGAGCUGCAUCGCUGCACCAACCUGAACUGCAGCAUCCUCAGGCGACUCGUGGUGUUCCUCAGAUAGUACAGGGCGGACAGCCAGUCGACCAACAGCAACUGCAACAACUCCGUCCACCGUCUUCUCAGCAGCAAGCCCCGCCUUCGCCGCUGCAACAUCAGUAUCAACCUUACGACCAGCAGCACAAUCAGCAGUCCCAGGUUUCCGACUCACCGACCUCCAAGAUAUCGCUCCAGAAUCAAAGUCAAGACAGCAUGGCACCCAGCAGUCAGAGCAAUGGCAGAUUACGCAAAGUCGCCGUUGAUGGAGGCCAGCAACAGUCAACGACUUCGUCGCGCGAGUCAUCCCUUCUACAGCAACCCACAGCACAAGGUCAGCCCCAAGGACAGCCACCUGUGUCGCCAGGCGUCGCAACAUUCGGAGCUAAUGUCGUGCCAACAGCUUCACAAGGCCAGCCAUACCGAGGUGACAAGCAAAGUGGAGAGACGGGGCAUGCAACGCCUCCACCACGAUCGGCGGCCAGUGACUUGAGCGAAGAGGAUAUCGAAAAGAUGAUGAAAGAGCACGACGUUCUGCGCGAUAAAUACCAGAAGGUGAAAAGGUACUUUUUCGAGCAGCAAACACAGGUACACCAGCUGCAAAACACCUUAGCAAACCAACGCCUGUCUUUGUCGCGCACAUCUUGGGACGACAGCGAGUACGCCACUCGUUUCAACAGACUCGACGGACUAAUCGCGCAGCUUUCCUUUUCCAUACGCAAGGACUGGAAGUCAAUCCCUCUGUUCUUGCAUCCAGUAGUCAACAAGAACGCCGUAGAAAUUGGCAAACAGGAAAUGACGGCGGUUGGUCGUGCCUUCAUCUCACAUUGGCUGGUGGAGAACAUCUUUGAAAGGUACUUCCAUCCGGAUCUGGAGCCAGGCUUUUCGACUCAGCUACAGAUGAUACAGCUUAACAUCCGCAAGUUCGCGCCCUCUUGUCACUCUACCGAGGAUGAAGACUCUCUUGCUGCAAAAGUCAUCAAUUGGCGUCUGGCUACGCUCGAAGGCCUGUCCGACCUGCUAAGAGCGCCACAAGCCGAAACCAAUCGCCAGAAGCUGACAGAAACACUAAAUGAGAAGCUCAUUGCAUCACUGCAGUUGCACUUGAUUGAGCCCGCCCCACCUGACCUGGCCGGCGGUGUACCUAUGAUGGUUGAAUUGGCUGUCAGUAUUGCGCAACAUUUGCCACUUGAAAGUCGAGAGGUACAUAUCGAGUAUUUCCCUCCAGGACAUAGCAUCGUAUCAGAGUUGAUGAAGAUGGAGUCCGGGAUUCCACCCUUGACAAGCCCAAUCAAGGAGGUCGACGAAGCGGAUCGAGCGUCGUUGAAGAGUGUGGCCUCUAAGUUGGACGACAGUACGUCCGCUGACCAAGACAUGCAAGGGCCGCAGCCUCUUAAAGAGGACAAGAAGCGCGGCUUUUUCGGAGGACUGGGUGCGUCUAAGAAACCCACGACCGCGCCAGCAUCGCUUGGCAAGCGCGAGUCGUCUCUAGGCCAAGGUGGCAGUCAGCAGAGCCUUACGGGACCUCCUGGAAGCUCGAGCGGCCAGAAGGAUGAGCCACCACCUCCACGCGUACGUCUGGCUGUCGGUGUAGCAGUCCAGAUCAGAGGCAAGACUGUCUUGAGUAAAGCACCGGUUUAUAGCACUUGAGACUCGGUUCGGUUGGCUAGAGAGACUAUCAGGAUACGGUCUCUUUUUUCGCUUCUUCAUACACGAAAUGUGUAGAUGGUGGUACUUUUGACAGGCAUUGCAGCUGGACCUGAACGUCAGCGCCUGGAAGAUGGUUGUACUUAGCGAGCGUUGGAUUUGUUGAUGGAUCUAUGUGCAUAUACCGAUACCCUCGCUGCGUCUACGGUUGAGCCAAGUAUAGCAGUAAUUAUGAGCUUGAUAUCCUCAAA